AUGUGUGUUUUAGCAAAAGAAGAUUGUGUUUUUAUUGUAAACAACAAAUGUUUGGAAUGUGAUAAUAAUUAUAAUCUUAACAACUCUGAUAUGUGUGUAAAUGUUUCAAAUGACACAACUUUAACUAAAUGUAUUAUGUAUAACAAACAUAGCUAUAUUUCAUGUGACAUUGGGUAUUACUUGUUAUUUGCAAAAUGUCAUCCAUGUUCUGAAAAUUGCACAAGUUGUAUUGAAAGUGAUACAAAAUGUCUGUUAUGUAAAUAUAGGUUUUAUAUGGGAGAAAAUUGUAAGUGUAUACCAAGGACCGGGCUAUUGGGAAAAUGCGACAAAAUAUCCCAAAUUACUGGCGGGUGUUAUCAAUGCAAAGAUGGGUAUUACAGAGUUGGGAUGGAUUGUGUUGAAUGUCUUUCUAAUUGCUCAACAUGUAACACAAAAGACGCGUGUUUGACUUGUAAUUUAACAAAUUACAAAACAACGAGUGGAAAGUGUUUGCCACAAAACAGUAUUAUUGGGUGUGCUGUUGAAGUCACACAAAAUGGGUGUAACAAAUGUUUGCGUGGAUAUCACACUAUUAAUGACAAAGAUUGUAAAAAAUGUAACAACAAUUGUACAACGUGUACACAACAUGAGAAAUGCACUUCUUGUGUUGAUAAUAGAGUUUUGUUUGAAAGUGGACUUUGUCUUGAUAUCUCAUUUGUAUCAAACUGUAUUGAAGUAUUAAACUCAAAAUGUUCCAAAUGUACGUUUUGGCACUCUCCCAAUAUAACCGGAACGUUGUGUAACAAGAAAAUAGUUUGGUGGGUACUUCUUGUUAUAAUUUUGUUUACAAUUAUAAUGAUGAUAUUUUUAAUAUUAUUAAUUAUAUUUACAGUGAAAUGCAUUGAAAAUAAAGUACAUCAAAAACAGCUUGCAAAAACAACAACAAUAAGGAUGUUGUUGUCAAUAAAACUGAUUUUAUUUGGUUGUUCUGAUGAUCCAGUCAAAGUUGGCGCUGAAAGUCGUGAAUUGAUAUGUGUUGGCAACUCGUCAAAGCAACAUUUGAAAAUCCAAUUUUCGACUAUAAUUUAUACUGCAAAAUACACAAUCAAAACAGAACCCAAAGUUGUAUCUUUAUCACAGGGAAUGGCAGUCGAAUUUGAAAUAUUUGUUGAACCAAAAUGUUCAUGUAAAAUUGAUGAUAAAAUUGUGCUUUUCUCAAAAGGAUUAAAAGAUGGAAUUACAAACAACAACCAAUUAACUUUGAGUAUUUUUACUGAGAUGUCAACACGUCUUGACCCCGAUGAGUUAAUUGAAGAGAAGAAACUGGGCGAGGGGUCUUUUGGUAUUGUGUACAAAGGAUCUUUUAGAGGAAAUUGUGUAGCUAUUAAAAAGAUGAAGGAAUUAAAAGAAGAUUUUGAUGAAAUAAUUGACUUUACCAAAGAAGUUGAAAUGCUUGACAAAUUUCGAAGUGAAUAUAUCGUCCAUUUUUAUGGAGCUGUGUUUAUACCAAAUAAGGUGUGUAUGGUCACCGAAUUUGCACAAUAUGGAAGUUUACAAGAUUUGAUGAAACACAAAACAUCUGACGAAGUUGACAUGAUUCUUCGAAUUAAAAUGAUGUUGGACGCAUCAAGAGGGAUUUUGUAUUUACAUGAAAACGGCAUUUUACAUCGAGACAUCAAACCAGACAAUUUACUUGUGUUUUCAUUAAAUUUAAAUGAUAAAGUUAAUGCAAAGUUGACUGACUUUGGAAGUGCAAGAAAUGUCAAUAUGUUGAUGACUAACAUGACAUUCACCAAAGGUAUUGGUACACCAACAUACAUUGCGCCUGAGGUGUUGAACAAAGAAAAAUAUAUGAAAUAUGCAGACGUCUCUUCGUUUGGCAUAACAAUAUAUGAGGUGUUUGGGUGGUGUGAAGCGAUUCCAAUUACCACAUUCAAAUUUCCAUGGAAAAUAGCCGAGUUUGUGACUGCUGGAAAACGACUUGAAAGAAGAGAAAACAUUCCAAAAACAUUAUAUCAACUAAUACAAAUGUGUUGGAAACAAAACUUAAAAGAAAGAGAAACAAUUAAUAAUAUCGUUGAAUGUAUUCAAAAAGUAAUAAUGUGGUAUAAAACCAAAUGA